AUGAGUGCGAAUGGCACCUCUCUCCAUAUCUAUUUCCUUAAUGUGAUCGUAAUUGAUCUUUUCAAAUACGUGCAGCCGAUAUUCUUUAUUAUUGGUAACCUGGGUAAUCUACUCACUGCAUUAGUCUUCUGGAGAAAAACUUGGCGAAAGAAUGUCUGCGUCUUCUACUUCAAAAUCUAUCUUAUCUCCACUACCUGCUACAUCAACUCGUCACUAUUUGGAUCUAUUUUUACAACGGGUUAUGUUAUUCGAUCUCACGAUUCCAAUAUUAUUUUAUGUAAACUGUAUUUCUACACGGCUUUUCUCUUCGCUAUUCAUCCGCCGACCAUACUCAUCUUAGCGUGCAUCGAUCGUCUCUUGAUCUCUUCACGGAAUGUUGAAACACGAAUGUAUAGUUCGAAACGUCUUGCAUACUUUUCUGUCACGCUAGGUACAAUCUUUUGGGUGGUUUUCAAUGUUCACAUCUUGAUUAUGGUUCAUAUUCAAGAGAUCCGUCCUUCGGUUUUCAUCUGCUACUAUGAUCUUUCUUACGGAUAUCAGAAUUUUGUUUAUUACUAUCUACCCAUUGUUAAUAUUAGUUUUUGUCUGAUCAUGAUUAUUCUGUGUUCGGUGUCGUUCAAGAACGUUCGCCAUAUUCGUCUUGUUUCGCGUCAACGAAGAAAUCAAGAGCGAACGAUGACAAAGAAAGAUUUUCAGUUGCUGCAUUGUUUGUUUGCACACGGUGUCACUUAUGUCAUUUUUCGGAUUGGAAUCAAUAUUUCCUAUGGAUAUGAUGCAAUAACAAGAGGUCAAGCUCGGACAGCAACACAACAAGCAAUUGAAACGUUUGUGAAUAACUUUCUCGUUCUGUUGUUCAAUUCCUGGUAUUGUAUUAGUAUUUUCAUCUAUGUUGGUAUAUCAAAAGCAUUUCGUUAUGAACUAAAAAAAAUGCUGUACAAAACGUGUGGCAUCGAAGUCCUGCCGUUACGAGAAGAAGAAAACCGACAGGAGAAAAUUGGUGCCGAUGCGGGUCCUGCUGAAAACGGUACAUUCCCAUCAAAAUGA